GACGUUUUUCGCAGGACAAAUCUGUAAAAAAAUCGCUGUACUGGAAGUUUCUCCUGGGAAAGAUGACAAUGGUCCCGCUCGACGGAGUUCACCGCGAGAAAAGCGUAAUACGUGAAGGACGGCCGCGAAAUCGGCGGAGUGCGAAUCGAGUGCGGAGCAUCUCGCCGCGCCUUUCUCUCUUUCCCUCGGUCGACGUUUCGACCCAUUUCGGAGCACGACCGUGGUACACGCUACUCUCCGACGAGGAUCCAUGAUAGCCAGCAACAACUCGGCCGACGUCGCUGGAAUGGAAAGUCGUUGCCGGUACGGUCAGCGGGGGCAUGGGCGACAGCAGAGCACGGCGGCGGUAGCGGUGGCAGUGGCGGUGGCGGCGGCAGUCUCGGUCGGCGCGUCACGCUCGCUGACGGACGUCGCUCGCAGGAGGAGUGCUAGUCGUGCGGCUAGAGCGAGCGAGGCUGCUCCGUUUCAUUGAUCCUCCCGUGCGCGUCUCGCGAACUCAUCGCGUUUUACUCUACGCGCGGCAAGAGGCUCCUCUCGCGAGGAGAAACGACGACGAUGGCAAGACGUUUGCGAGCGCGACCGCGCACGGUCGUCCCGUCGACAUCGUUCUCGAGUAACUCACGUUACUCGCAAUCGUGAUUUCCGCAAGCGGGUGUCCCGGAGCGAUUGCCGAAUUUGCGACAUCGGUCGCGGACAACCGACGGACCCGACGGCCGUCGAAGUCGCGUCGCGUGCGUCGGCGGCGGUCUUCUCAGCAUUCGUCACGCGAAAUCGAUAAACGGGGACGUCGCGAGAAAGAGAGAGAAACGAGCGCACUUACGCGCGCACGUUACAAUUCGCGUAGUGAAAGGUGCGAAACGAGGACGAGAGAAAGAGAGAGAGAGAGAGAGAGAGAGAGAGAUAAGGUAUUUCGAAGACAAUUGCGGAGAGCGCGAGUGAUAGCGACCGUGGACUCGACUCGGUGGGAAUCCGCGCGACAUUUCGCCUGGCCGCCGCUGUGGAAAUCGUACGCAACAUACGGCUGCCGCGCCGAACUCAAGCGCGUGUGUCUUGCCGAAAAAUCUCGAAUCGCGUUUUGUCCGACGCGUGUGAUUCUCCUGUCAAUGGAACAUUGCGCUCCGCAUAGCAUAGCAGUAUAGUAACCUUGAGACACACCGUCAAGGUAAUUGAUCUCUGCGGUAGAAGCGACAGCCAUCUGUCUUCGACCUCGUGCUGAUUCCAGCAUCGAACGCAGCAUCGGCGACGCGAGCAGCGGCGAUUAUCCGCGAAAUGAAGAAAAGCUGGAGCAUGCCGCGAUCGAUACGCGCACGGCCUUCGCCGGACUGAACGUCCUCGCGCACGCAACGCGAAGCGGAACGCGCGUCUUUCGCUGGGAACACGUGCCGCCGACACGACGGCACCGUCGUGUGUCGGCAGAUUGGUGGUCGGUCGUCGCGGCAACUGGACGAGAGGAUCGAAGUAUGUGACUUCCGCGACGCUCUUGGAUCACACCAGCGCGAGGAGAGGGAUGUUGCGACCGUUCGACGGCAGGAUCACUUAACAGCGGCCGGAUCCCGCGUGGUCCGUAACGCGAAUACGCGAGCGUGUCGAUGGCCGCGCGACGACGGGGUUGUCGGACAAUGAACGAUAACGCCGACAUAUAGACAGGUGGAUAUCGUUAGUCGCGCGAGAAAGUGUACACGCGCCGCCGCCGUGGGAACACGAGCGAGAGGGACAGGUAGGAAGCCGUAGCACAGGUGGCGGUGGACAAGGACGGACAGCAAGGUGAAAGGAGGACGGCCUGAGGGAGGAGGAGACGGAGCAGGAAAAAGAGAAUAGCGCUUACUGCGUACUGGGGUGAGCCCCCCUGUAAGUGGAAAAGCAUACAAUGGAACGGAGGACAGCGUGUUGGUGUAGUAUGAUGACACAAAGAGAAGGAAGGAGUGAAUAAAAGAAGGGAAAAAAAGAAAAGGAGCAGGAAAAAAAAAAGAUAAGGAAAGGGAGAAAGAGAGCGGAAAGAAGCACCGACAAUGAAGGAACACGGGAACAAACAUCCGGCGGAACCGGCGGCGAAGACGCUCAAGUCGCUGCUGAAGAAGCCGGGUCAGACGAAGGCGAAGUCGCAGAAGCAUCGCGUGGUGAUCAACGAGAAGCUGAACGAGUUCUUCGCGGCGGACUACAUCAUACUGAUCAAGGAGGAGUGUUGUGCCGACUACGACGAGGAGUGCGACUGUUACCAGGAGCACGAGUUCAUGCCGUUGGGCAGUUGCGAGGAGUGCCGGGCGGAAUUAAAUCUGCACUUUGGCAUCGACCCCGGUAACGGUAGAUACGGCGAGAUGGCGAGGGGUGUAGAGCAGGCGCUCUGCGAGAACGCCGCGCGGGAUCCUCGCGGGUCCCGCGGCAAGAAUCAGCAGGGUCGCGAGGACUCGCAGGAGGACGAGGAAGAGGACGAGGAGGAGGCGGACGACGGCGAGGAGGAAGAGGACGACGAGGAAGAGCGGGAGGAGGAGGAGGACGACGAGGAGGAGAAGAAGAGGAUCAACGGCAAGGUGGAGAGGGUGGUGGUAGCGGCAGCGGCGAAGGAUGGCAGCGAGCGAGGAAAUGUGGAUGCGGAGAACGCGGCAAAAGGACGCCGGCCGAAGGAAACCGCGGAUUCCCAGGAGGAGAGCGGAACUGCGGUUCCGCCAGCACCGCCGCCGCCGCGACACGAGCAGCAGCAACAACAGGAAACGCUUAGCCCGCCGGAGGGUUAUAAAGAUGUGUGCUCGAACAACGAGAUCGCGAACGAGACGGAGCAGCGUAGCCGCGCGUCCUCCGCAUGCACGGAAUGCAAUUACUAUCAGCAACAGGCAACGGAGUGUGAGUCGCAAGCGAAGGAUCAUGGGAGUGAGCAGAACACGCAGGUCAGCAAGGAGCACGAUGCAAGAAAUUUGCAAGAAAGACUGGAUAAGCAGCAUCGACCGUCUGUCCCUGAUUUGCAUCAUCGUUAUCUCGUGGAAACAAUAACGAUGACAACUGUUACGGAACGACGCAUCGUACGGGAAAUUAGCGAGGAGGAGCGGAAAGAUUGCUUCGGGCAAUCCGAUACGGAUAAAGACAAGAACGCUUGCGACGUCCCAAAGGAUAACGGUUUCAAUUCAGCGCUUUGUCCCGCAACGGGCGCUCCGAUGUCGCUGGUUCACGAGAACGCGUCGCAGUUCACUGGACGAUGCAACGAGACCGACGUCACGGAAGGCAUCGACGCGAAUGCCAAAAAUUCGCAGUCGGGCGGUGACAAAAGGGAGAUGAUGGCGGAAGCGGAACGCAUCAGCGAUCAAACGGCGCCGUGCGAGCAGCAGCCGCGCGAGCAGGACGCGAAAGAGCUGUCCCUCAUAUUCAAGCUGGGCAACGUCUCCCUCGCCAGUAACAGUCUGAAACCGAAUUCCGCAGUGAGACAACUUUUUCCUAACCCGAAGUUCAUCUCGCCGCCGCCGGCGCCGGCCGGCAAGGCGAACUCGGCCGGCGUUUGCCCGGAGCACUCUCAGGACGACGAGCAGAAGUUUUUGAUUACCGCCGAGAGUUUGCGGCUAUUCGACGCGGUGAAGAAGUCGACGAUCCCCGGCGGCUCGUACGAGUCGCCGGAGUGCGAGGCGAGCUCCAUCAAACGCUCCAUCGAGCGGAACACUCUGCGACGCAGUCUGAUCGGUAAGUACAACACGGUAUCGCGCAAGAAAAAUCUACGGCCGAAGAAUCUGUCGCUGGAGGAGCGCAUCAGGCAGCUCACGUGCGUCGAUCAGGACGACGAGAACGUGGACACGACCGAUAGCUCCGAUAAUACCAACUCGGCGAACGACGCCGUCGCGUACGGCGGAGAUCUCCCGAUACGAACGCCGCCGUUGGGCGAGGAACGGCCUACGUGCGAGUCGCUGCCGGCGACGGAAACCACUGCCACUUUAACAAUGGUCCCGACGAGAUCCAACUCUCUGACGACUGCGACGACGACGGCGAUGGCGACGAUGGCGAGCACGAUGACGUCCGCGAAUACGGCGCACAAUCCGAUGGAGAUGCCGAUGCUGAUGGCGGAUAACACGCCGAAUCAGUCCACCUACAGGAAGAUCACGGAUCUGUUCGCGCAUAAAAAGAACGUCCAGCCGAAUCUGCCGGAUCUCGGGAUCGGCCCGGGCGGCAGAAACCUUCUCGCCAAGGAAUGUCAGUCGAAGAAUCCGUUGAUGAAGAUGAAUUCAGACGUCGGAAGACAGCUGCUGGCGAGUUUGGCGCCGUUAUCCUGCGUCGCCAUCAACACCUCCGACAAUCAGGAUGUUUAUUACCGGAACGAAUCGAGGAUAUUGGCGUCCGCGAAUCGCGAAUCGAUCAACUACAAUUCGGACUCGUCUUACAGUCUGGAGGACAUAGAAGCGGCUUUGAACGGCGACGAACGGAAAUACGCCGGUCAACCGGACGUGACAAGAUGCACGCCGAUAGGCGGCAGACCCGACAUCGGCGACAACACUGCCGAUGAGCUGCUCGCGUUCGUCGAGCAGGACAAGUCGCGGAUGGAGCGGAUAAAGCGUCGCUACAAUGAGACGGAAGAGCGUUACACAUUCAUUAAUGGCUAUCAUACGGAGGAUAAAGUCGCGAAUACGUCGAACGAAAAUACAAAAAAUCACGACGGCAAGGACAAAGCUCAGGCGGACAAUGAGGAGGACGACGAGGAUGACGAGCUCAAUGAUUACGGCUUCAAUCGGCGACCUUCGGUGACGGGCAUUAAACAUCAAUACGAAGCUGUCAACGAGACUGCUCAUCGGACGCGAUCCUGCGCCACCCCCGCGGCAAAUAACUUCAACGAAGCAAGACCCAACUCGAUAUGGCCGAUGUACUGCGACGUGAACGGCGAGAAGGUCGAUGCGACGAAGGCCUUGUUGACCGCCGAUACGGACGAGGCGAUCUCCGUACCCGCGGAUGCGUAUCCCACGAUGGCUAGUUUCGAAAGAGACACGAACACGAUCAAUCGGAUAAAUACAAUGCAGCGGCAGAUCGACGAUAUAUAUCAGACGAUCGCCGAGAGCACGGCACAGGGGAUCUCCGAGCACACGACUUAUCUGGAGAACGCGAUGCCACCGCGGCAGUUCGUCAGAACACCAUCCACCGACAACGCCGCGCAUCUGUACGUCGAGCACAGGAACGGUUACUUCCAGGAGCAGCAGCAGCUGUCCAGCACGCGCAUGCUGCGUAUCGCUGGCGGCGGCAACGGCAACGGCAACGGCAACGGCAACGGCAACGGCGAUGAUCUCGCGGGCGCGAUAUACACGAACACCCUGUCGAAGAUGCAGCGGCGCAACCCACCGGUCACGAUCGCUAAUUAUCAUUGCAACGUGCUGCCCAGUGGCGCGGUGCCUGCCGUUAAUACCAAGUGCUACCGCACUAUGUACUUCGUGCCGUACAGCGGCAUGUCGGAUCCCACGUAUCAGAACUUGCAGCGCAUCCUGCCGCCGCAUUCCUCGCCAAACUACGCCAACCACAUCGAGCGAUAUCCGUAUCCUCGUCUGAACAAGACUGGCCAGCAGCAACAACAGCAACAACAACAAGCGCUCUAUUACAAUGCGACCCGUUCCGUCACGGCGAAUCUAAACGCAUCGCCGCCCAUACCGCCUCCGCCUCCGCCACCUCCGCCGCUCGCGUCCGUUUCCACUCCGAAUUCUCUGCCGCUGCAGAACACCCAACAGGCUCUGCACCUGCACAUACAUCCUCACCAGGGCGCCGAGGACUUCCGAUCGCCCAAUAUGGCGUUCUCGCCCGUACCGCACUCGGCGGUGCAUCCCAUGCAAUUCCACCAGCAUCACCAGCACCAGCAUCCACAUCAUCACGGCGAGAUGGGCUCGUAUCGUAUGCCCGUGGUGACGCAGCAGUCACCACCGUCCUCGUACACCGUGAUCGCGCCGUCGAGAUGCAUCCCGGCGAGUAAUCAGGACGGUUAUCCGCUGUACCCGGCGCACGUGGCGCGCGGCAAUGCCACCGCCGCAGCCGCCGCCGCCGCCGCCGCCGCUGUCGCUGCGGACGUGCAAACGCAGACAAUUUCCAUCGCGGCCGCCUCGUCCUUCUCGUCUUCAUCCUCCUCGUCGUCCUCCUCGUCAUCCUCGUCAUCGUCCUCGGCGUCAGCACUGUCGUCGUCCUCGUCUUCGUCCACCUCGGCCACUGCCACCUCCUUGAAAUGCACCGGGAUCGUGCCGAAUAACAAAAACUGCGAGCCGAUCCUGGGAACGUCCUACAGCGUCAAUAAUGGCGCGCAAUCCGUGGCGAGCAACACCAGCGCUCCGCUCGCAUGCUCGGCGUCCUCGACGGCGGCGGCGGCGGCGACGGCUAUAUCCUCGGCGACGGUGAUGCAAUUACCGCGCGCCGUCAACAUAUGUCCGAUGACGGAGCGCGGGGUUCCCGAGGGUGAAGCCAGCGUCUCGCAGCCGUCCGGUCUGGCGAGUUCGACACCGCACAUCCUGCUGAUGUCCAACUCCUACGUAGAUCCUAACGCCAGUCUUAUAUCCACUCCAACCAACGCUCCGAAUACAGUUUACUACGCUAUGAACGUCUGAAGAUGAACGACGUCGGAAGAUAAAUGAGAUCUCGAAAAGAACGUCUGAAGAAUCUCGCGGAGAUUUGGGAUGUUCGUACAAUGUGCUUGGGACGAUCGCAUCGCCCGGAAGGUAUUUUAAUUCUUUGAUACCAUGUCUCGAGGGACUUUGACGCGGGUUAUAUAUAUUACGAAGGUGCGCGUUACCAUAGCGAUCUCGCCGUCUUCUCCAUCUUCUACAGUCGAUUGAACGUAGCGGAAAUUAUUCGUCAUUAUCUAUUGAGGUAGCGACGUUCAUUAAGAAACAGUAGUCAAUGAGUUAAAGCGCAAUCCUUAAAUUUGUUUCCGGUUCCGCUUUCGCUUUCUUCAUCUCCUCAUUCUAUUUCAUUCUUUUAUAUUUUUUUACUUCACUCUUUGCGCUUCCUUAUUCUUUUCAUCCACUUAAAGAGUUCGCUCGCUUUGCCAUUUUUUUAUGACUGAUUUUUUCACGAAACAAUGACAUUCACGAAACAGUACCGAAAAAUGCCUCAUUCCCAGAGCGCCUAUUUCUUUCAAUUGAUGAAAUGCGAGAAUUAUAUUUUUUCAAGAAAUGCGACUGAUGAGAGACAUCUCUGUGUGGGAUCACAAGCACCAAAGUCAUAAACGCCCUUCAAAGCAUAAGUUGCAAACUUUUCAUUGAUAUAUCUAUAAUAACGAUAUAGAGUAAAAGAUGUAUAUGUGUACGUGUCACGCUAUAUUGCACUCACAUCAAUGCUUUCUGACAUUAUUUUCAUGAUUUAAGCACACGCAAAUAUGUUUUAUCGCGAUGCAACGAUGUUACUUUGACUUAUUACUUUACGCUCGUUAUCAUCGUAAUGUUGUAAUACUACGCAAACUUUCUGUAGAUAUCGUCACGUAGAUCUGUGGUUUUAGGUUUAUUUCUGUGUCCGCAGUAUAUUGUAGAUAUCGCGAUAAAGAUCGGUAUUUAUGAUCUGACGAAGUUGUUAAUUGUUUUCAGUUUGCGACGAUAAUUUAUAAAAUCGCGUUCGCGAAAUCGCUGAGGUCGGAAUGUAAGCGUUAAACCGAAUUGCGUGUAACGAGACGACAAAGGCCGGCGGAGAAAGAAAGAGAGAGAGAAAGAGAGAGACCGUCGCAGGAAAAUACGCGAUAAGAAUUUCUUUAAGGGAAAGAGACGCGGCAGCUGUACAUUCCGCAGUAUAUUUCGAAAAGAGAGAAACGUCUCCUACCUUGCUUAUUUCGUAGUAAAAUCGCUUCGAGUCUUCUCCUUAGAGCGGAAGAUGCUAUUCGUGAAUUUCACUUAUACGCUUCAUGCCAAAUUAAAACGUAUCAAUGCCUCUAGUCAGUAUAAAAUUAGUCUACGAUGUAAGAGAUAUACGAAUGCCAAAAAAAAAAAAAAGAAGAAGAAAGAAAAAAGAAAAUAUAAUUCACACUUAUUGUUAGUUAAUUAAUUUCUUGACGCGCCGCUAACGAGCCGUGGAUGCUCCUCCGCGUCGCGUAACGAGGAGCGCUAUUCGCGGCCCGUCGAUCGCGCGUUUGAUGAAACCAAAAUUACGUAGCGUAUCUAUUUACAGUUAUAUAGAAGCGACAAUGUCUAACAAUAUGAAAUUUCUUAAUGACGACAAGUAUUAUGUACGCACAGGGAGUAAGUACAAAGUACUCUGCGAUGCUAGAAUAUUUGUUACGACAUGCUCAUUCUUGAAUUACACACACACCCACACAUACACGCGCGCGCGCGCGCGCACACACACAUAUUCACACAUACACACAUAUAAACGCAGCCACGCGUACACUUAAUUAAUCUCAUCGGGAACUCGUUGAAAGUACAACCGUCAUCACGUAUAUACUCGUCCCCCCCCCCGUAGUUCGCGUUCAUAGAUCAUCUUUAUCUACCGAAAGCUCUCGAUGGUACGUAGUUCGAAUAGACAAUAUAGGGACGCACGGAUCUAUUUUUUAGCAUAGCCAUCUUCCCCGUUGACCGCCUCACCUGUCGAAGCGCGUACCCUAUGACGUAAAGUAGCGCCUCCAAGAUCGAGGAACAAUCGCACGGCCUAUAUAGUUCACUCGCGGAACAAGAUAUAGAUACUUAUUUAUUUUCUUCGUGCCAAAACGUUGCAAUGAUUCGCGGCAGCAGGAAGGUGUAUUGUAUACAACUCGAAACAAGUUGAUACGAAAGGCUGAGCAUCUGACAGUCAAUUACGGCGAGAGAAUUCGUGAUCGUGACGGGAACGGGAAAGGUGAUUGAACGUUUUUAUUACACCGCAGGGAUGAGACAGAUAACAAUAUCUCGUUUGGUAAAACGUUAAUGGAUCGAUAGCGAUGCGGCGAGCGGUUGAAAAAAAUAUCACUCUUCUAUUUGUUGUUCUCGCGCGAGAGAGUGUUGACAUAUUGUUCAAAUGAUUGACUCUAAUAGUAGGUUGCUUAUCACGGGAAUAUUUAAGACGAGAGAAAGAGAGAGAGAGAGAGAGAAAGAGAGAGAGAGGCGAAUAUAUUGUGUAUA